AAAUAUCUGCCCAAGCCGUCUCGUACAGGUUUCCGCAAGUAAUGACUAAACACCAGUUGCCAUUCGGCGAUCUAAACAACUCUCACUGCGACUGUUCAGCAACCCCUAGUUGUCAGUUGGAGUGGAAUCAUAACUUCCACGAGGAUCAAACCACCGUUUUGAGAACUAAUGGCUCAGACGAGGGGUUAAUUACUGAAAUAAAAACUCGGACAACGCACGAUUUGAUUCCGGUGGAAAUCACACAGCUGCACACUGACAAACAUCCAAAGAUUAAAACCCCAAACGGAGAUUUUGAAUAUGUAAAUCUUAAUCUUCAUUUCUGGGAAAGAACGAAAUCGGACGGCAUCAGACACAAAAUGGAGAAAUACAAACCGAACUGCUAUUAUGGAAAGACACAGGACACAAGCGACGAAAACCCAGCUAGUUCUAAAAGCGCCGAUGCUUGCCGCGGAUCGGUUCCAAAUCCAGUUCAUAGUGUCUGUGGGGUAGCUGAGAGUUCAGUAUUUUUCUCAUCAAUCGGAGAAUGGACAAUAGUUGAUCUCAAUCUUCGAGAUUUUGAGAAGGAAGAUGCGAAACGAACACUUUAUUUAAGAAGGAAAUGCACACCUUACAAAGAAGUUGAACCGGAGAGUUUUUGCCUUAUUCUCUGAACAACUUCAAGAAAGGAUGGUUGAAGGGAAAUCCAUCAAUUACAGAGGAGUAUUACGAAACUAUUUUGAACAAACACUCUCAGAUACGAAGCGUAUUUCGUACUGAGAAAUAAUGAAACAUAAUAGCAUUGUUAAGUUUAUUUUUAUUUAGAAAUUAACUGUAGGAUCAGUCGAAAAUGAAAGAUCGCUUGUUCCUUUUUAAGCAUUUUCGUAAUAGGUUCAUUUUGAGAAUUUUGAGCGAACAAAAGUUGUUACAAAACGCGCAAUCACUUUGUAACUUAGUUCAAAUUGCUUUUUUUUUCCAAAAGCGUAAGAUAUGUUUACAUUUUAACAAAAGUCAAACUUUCAAGAAGGAAUUUUGAGGAAUGUGAAUUUGUCAUAAUAAUGUACUUUCUAUAAAAAUCUAGAGGUCAGCUUUACAAAUACAGUACAACUGAGUUUGCUUUCCCCUGAGUUGCAUUCCAAAAGAUGACUGGAAGUCAUCUGAGAUGGAUGUAAUCAAAAGCCUGCGUGACAGAAAAUAUAUAAAAAAACAAUAGCAAAAUAAACAACACCUGUAUCUUUCAAUGA